GCUGUACUUCGCAUCGUGAAUUCGAGAUGAUCUGUGACAAAAUCGAGAUGAUCUAGUCCUGAGUGAAGUUGUGAGAGACAAUACACAAUAAAGAUUGAUUCUGAUACUGAAAAUCUUGGUUCAAAGUAAAAGAGAUAACACAGACAUUCUCCCACCAUGAUUCACAUCUCUUCCUGCCCAAGACGCCAUCUUGCUUUGCUCAUUGCAUUCACUAGUCUGUGUCUUCAAGUCUUUCCAGUCCACGGCCAGCAGAGCUUUGCGACCACGCCGGUGGACACUGAAGUUGUGGAGGGGCAAGACGUGACCCUUCAAUGUGCCGUGGACAAUCUUCAAGGUCGUAUUAUCUGGUCCAAAGAUGAUACUUUGCUUGGAUCGGACAGAUCACUACCAGGAUAUGACAGAUAUACAGUGAAAGGGGAUGCUACAAGAGAGGGUAACUUAGAAAUUCAGAGAGCUGAUAUUAGUGAUGAUGCUGAAUAUCGAUGUCAUGUGACUGCAACUGAUGCUACACAUCAGAAUCUAAGAUCAGAACCUGCUGCUGUUAUUGUCCUAUUACCACCCGACCCUCCAGUCAUUGAUAAUCAGGCCAACGGGUCAAGCAUCACUAUUCAACCCCCUGCAACGGUCACUCUACCAUGCAGAGCCAACAAUGGCAAGCCAGCACCGGUCAUCACCUGGCUCAAGGGAGGGGACGAUCUGGCGUAUGGGAACCCAGAGGUGGUGUCGACACCAGCCGGGGAUCCUACUGGUAAGAGAGUGAAUGCAGUCAGCACCCUAACACUAAACCCAGAGAAAGAGGAUAACGGUGUAACCUAUGCCUGUAAGGUGUCUCACGGAGCUCUUGCAUCUCCUCUCUUGACCUACGUCACCCUCGAUGUACGAUUUCCACCAUCAGCGCCUGUCAUCUCAGGGUACUCGGCAGGUACCAUUGUUAAAACGGGGGACGUGCUGCUCCUUCGUUGUACUUCUCUUGGAGGGAACCCACUAGCAGAGGUAUACUGGUAUAAGAAUGAUGAAAGGAUGGAUUACUCCUUCAUGACGGAUGGAGUCAGUGCCUUCAAUUCUCUGCCUCUUGAUGUUGACUACAGUGAUAAUAACGCCAUCUACAAAUGUGUGGCUACCAGUGUGGUUCUGGCCGAGCCUAUGAGUACUCAGAUACAACUUAGUGUCAACUUUGCCCCAGCAUAUGUGAAUAUCACAGGUCAUGAGAAAAUGGUUCAGUCGGAUGCCACGCUCACACUCAAAUGCACAUCAGCCAACAGCAACCCGGCGUCUUCCAUCUCCUGGUUCACCGGCGGACGUCAGGUCCACACCCACGAUGACGUGGUGGUCGAAGCUCCCAACGGAGGCUUCGUCACCUCGCAGGAACUGACGAUCACGAUGACGGCCGAUACGGACAGUGUAGAUUACAUGUGUCAGGCGACUAAUCAAGAGCUCUAUGAAACUACUUCUGAUACAGUGACUGUCAACGUGAUGUAUCCCCCAGAAAAUCCUGGAAUUACCGGCUAUGAGGUUGGCACGGAAGUCAAAGCCGAGAACCUCCUCCGGCUGGUGUGCUUCGCGAUGGGCGGCAACCCUCUUGCCACUCUUGUCUGGUAUAAGAACGGGGAGGUCCAGGAGGCGGAGACCGGAACUCAAAGCAUUCUUUCCACCAGUACGCUGAGGAUAAUCUUGGAUGAGACGGACAACGGGGCGGUGUAUUCCUGUAAUGCUUCCAACGAGGCCACGCCUGUUCCCCUACAGGCCAGUGUUACCCUCAAUGUCCUCUUCCCACCCAGUUCCGUUACUGUGAGUGUAGACCCACCUGAAGCCAAGGAGGGUGAUAGUGUCACGGUGACCUGUGAGACGGCAAGCAGCAACCCAGAGUCUGAGAUCUCAUGGUGGAGAGAUGGUGUUCCAAUAGAAAAUACUAACAACAUAAGUACUGAGGUAUUAGAUGCAGAAAAUGGAGGCAAAAGGACCCGCAGUCGUCUUCAUCUUGAAUCUGUCACCUCGGCCAACAAUGGGGGCGUUUACCUUUGCCGUGCAAUGAGCGAUCUUGUUGUUGAGAGCGUCAACGAUGGUGUCACACUUGAUAUCAAAUUCAAACCCAAGAUAACCACCCCUAGUGGAAUAUCUAUGAGCAGCCAUGAAGUGCCCGGUGACUUGGCUCUCAACUGUUCUGCCGAGGCCAACCCUCCCGAUGUCACUUUCACGUGGAACAAGGACGACGCCGAGAUUAACGUCGCUGAGACGGAACGGUAUACGCUUAAUGAGGAAGGAUCGUUGCUUAUUCACAAUGUGUCGCGAGAGGAGGCAGGGACGUACAUGUGCGUAGCGAGUAAUUCGGAGGGAGCAACCAAUAUAACAGCCACCCUAGAUGUGCUUUAUUCUGCUAAGGUAACCACUGGAGAGGCUAUCACCAUCACUCUCAACACCCCUGGAGAGCUGGCCUGUGAAGCGGACGCCAACCCCAAACCAGCCGGGUACAUCACCUGGACCAGACCAGGGUUUGACCUGACGGGUUACGCCCAUGAUUACGUGGAUGGGCGUGGCAUCAUGAGGGUGGAUAACGUCACCAAGGCAGUCAGCGGGAUGUACCUCUGCCACGCUGAUAAUGGCAUCCCACCGGCUGAUACUAAGAAUAUACAAGUUAUCAUUCAGUACCCUCCUGAAGUAGACCACUCCAUGCCAAACAAGGUAGCCAAGAGUACCGGCCAGACUGCCCUCCUCCGCUGCAGGGCUGAAGGCUCUCCUCUCGUCCAGUUCAACUGGUUCAAGGGGUCGGCAGAGGUCAACUUGACCAGUGACCACUACACGCUGGACAUCAGACAAGAUUUGACGUAUGCUAAUCGCUACGAGAGUCGGUUGAUCAUCAGUCAGAUCGAUGAGAUUGAUGAUUAUGGGACGUAUGUCUGCAAGGCUUAUAAUGACCUGGGAGAGGCUCGCUUUGAAAUACAACUGGAGAAGACAAGUCCGCCUGAAGCUCCAUCUAAUCUUCAAGUUGUUGAAAUAAGCUUUGAUUCAGUCACUCUCAAUUGGACCAAAGGUUUUGAUGGUGGAUUGGAUCAAACCUUCCAGGUCCGCUUCAACCAGAAAGGCGGGAAGCAGUAUCAAUACGUUGACGUCUCACCAUCUACUUCAACAACAUUCACGGUAUCCAACCUCAACCCCCACUCUGACUAUGAGUUCACCGUGAGAGGGCGCAAUGCACAGGGAGACGGACCGUAUUAUCUUGGAAUUGUGUCUGCCAAGACAACUAUCAAGCCCACAGAGCCCCCGGUUGAAAUUCCAACACGUUUAUUGGUUGGUAACAUCCCUCUCUACAUGGUACUUCUCUUCUCAUUCCUGUGCAUCCUAAGCUGUGUUUUCAUCAAUAUAUUCCUUUGUUGCUGUCUUGUCAAAAGAAGGGAAUCAAGAAAGAAGGUGGCAGCAAAAUCUUCAUCGAUCCAGAAGAAGACCGAUGAAGUUGAACUUGUAAAACCAGUUGAGCGCCCUGAUAGUCCGGCUUACAGCGACUCCAACACAGACAACAUGUCUCACCGAUCUGAGCAUGACGAUCGCUACUCGUACGACAAUGUCAGCUACGACAGACGACGCUACGACGACUACAGCGAUGGACGAUCUGAAAACUAUGACCAUUACGAUGACCGACAGCCUCCUAUCUCACCCCGUGUGGUCACUAGCCGAGGUGGACCAGGCUACUAUGAGCAUUCUACUCUUAGACCACCUUCCUAUGCUCAAAGCUGGGAUUCUUAUGAAAACCCACCAAGCACCGGUCUCUCCGAAUCCCAGAUCGAUGACAACGAGGAACGCGAGUAUGCCGACAUGCUACGACGUCAGCAGAAGGCCCAGUAUAUGGCCCACGGCGGUGCUAUCCAGCCCCCUACAGCCCCGAGCCCAGUCCCAAGCAGCCUGGGCAAUUUUGUACCCCUACCUAAAGGGGGCUCUGCUGCCCCAAGCCAAGUAGGUAGUGAAGAAGGUUACCUGGUGUAGUCCCACAAGGAUGUUGUUUUGCCUCUGUCUUGUUUUUUUCAUAUUGAUAUUGCCAAAAGGAGCCGAUCUGCAUGUAAGCUGUUUUCAAUCAGUACGAAGGAUUCAGUUAUCCAUUGUGAUGUGCUCUUUCAUUCAUAAAGGUUGUUUUCUCCUUUUGUUAUAUGGAUAAAGUUCUGAUCAGGACAAAUAAAUACAUUGAUGGUUCGACAUAAAUCUUGCCAAAAGGUUUGAUUUUUAUCAUACGCUUUAAGUUCUACUCUGUAGAGAGAAAAAAGGUUGAUCAUUGGAUCACCCCCUUGGUCUUAAAACCAUUUUAUAGUAAUGUAAUUAGAACAGAAGAGUGAAAGGUGGAGUAUGCCAAGGAUUUGUUUUUGUCCCAUUGUUUUUUUUUGCAUAGCAUGAGACAUCAGUAUCUCAAGAAAAUCCUUAUACUUUCUAGUUUAUUUCACUCCAGUCUUGCCAAACGGCCUUGAUCUUACCAAUGCAGAAAGUUUAAUAAACCUUGCCAAUCGAGGUACCAACUGA